AUGCAUGUGGUCCCAAACCGUUACAUCGGUCCUUUCGCACUUGGCUCGACUAUCCAUGAGAUUCUUGCUCAUAUAAAGGCGUCGCCUCCGAACUUUCCUUCUUUCGAGAUCUACUUCGAUCACCACAACCCUAUCGCCGAACCCAUCACCAUAAAUCUACCCAAGAAUGGCAUGCGCCUGAGGUUUGAUGGGAAGGAACAAAGGCUGCGACUGAUAGAGGUGUACGACUUCUGGAAGACUAGACUUGUGUACAAGGAUGUUGAGAUCGUGAAGAUUACCGAUACUUCUUCUCUCAACUCGACCGCCCUAUUGCCCUCAAAAGGUCCAACUUUUCGACAUGUCUACGACAAGCUUUUAGGACCGACCUUUGGCGGGGAGUAUACACCGCCAGCAAGGUCUGAAGAGCCGCAUGCUUCUGGAGAAUACGUACUUUCAUACCCCGGGAUCGCGUUCUCAUUUCCAGUCAGAGAUUCGGCCUACUCGCCAAACAAAGAGUUUAUUCCGCUGCUGUCGUCGUCGGCAGCAUCACCGGCAACUUCUAUGGUUCUAUUCAAUGGCGAGGACUGGCCAUCAACAAGGCAGACACUAUUCACAGCACCGGCUCCGCCUCGAUUGCAUGUGAUCGGCGGGAAGACUAAGGAUGAGGGUUCAGAAGAAAUAGAGCUGGCUAAAGUACGUGGUCCUGGCAGAGUGGAUCUACUGCGACGGUCAGGGCAUCCUGUCGAGAUUAUCCUUGGAGAGACUACCCCACAGGACCUCAUUAUGGACCUGGGAUCUCCCGAUGCUAUUCACUGGAAGAGUGAUAGGAGACUAUCGAUUCACAAAGAACGAACAAAUAGUCAAGCAUCAGACAGAUCCACAGGCCUGUCAGGGCGACACGGCCAACUAUCUGUAUCUGCUGACUCGUCUGCACUGCAAUCUGAAGAUGAUGACUCUUCAGAUUGGGAGGAUGACCCGGAAACUCUGGGGCCUGACAGCGGCGAAGCAUCUUCCGAGCAUUUCUAUAACUACUACUCACACGGGUUCGACAUACUGAUAUCUGAAGCCGUACAUAAGCCCCCACCGUCACCUCAAGAUGGGAGAGAUCGUGGUUGGGAUAUGACAAGCUCUGAUGAAGAACCUCCACCUGCUGCUCAACUCACUGCUACGAAAAUUAUAUUUCAUGGCAACAUACCCGGAUCGUACCAGUUCAAUAGACAUCGUCGCAGCCGAUGGACGAUAGAUCACAUACCUUUGAAGAAAGGGGAGGAGCCCCUGACCUCCGAGCUAAGCUUCUCAAAUACCUCGAACCGUCUGCAACAAGUCUUCAAAAGUUUCUACGUUGACCCCGAGGAGGAAGCGCUGAUGCAACGGGGGAUGGCCAUCAAUCGAGGCUGGGGCGAUAGUCCUGGAAGCAGCUGUGAGUUACUAGGCGGGUUUGAAGAAGGGGUCUCGAGCAGUCGAAGAAGGGUGAUGAAUGAGACCUCAAUAUCAGACAUGGAAGGUUCUGAGGGGUCUGGAGUUGGGCGAACGACGCUCUACGGUUUUCCAGGAUUGAUCUUUGAAGUCAUGGAGAACGAUGCUAUAUGCACGUUGACUGUGUACUAA